AUGGCUGGCCCGCUGUCUGCCACAGUUCGCGCCGCCACACGUAGACGUCUCAUCCCUCAGCGCGUGGCCCUGGUGCUCACACAGGCCGCCGUCAAGAAGGUCCGCACGCUCAUGGACGGACGACCUGACAUGAUCGGGAUUAAAGUCGGCGUCCGGACCAGAGGAUGUAACGGACUGUCUUACACCAUCGAGUACGCCAAGGAGAAAAGCAAACAAGACGAGGUCGUGGUCCAAGACGGCGUGACUGUCUUAAUCGACAAAAAGGCACAACUCACGCUACUGGGAACAGAGAUGGAUUAUCAGGAGUCUAAACUAGCGUCAGAAUUUGUCUUCCACAACCCAAACAUCAAAGGGACGUGUGGAUGUGGAGAAAGCUUUUCACUAUGA